UAAAGAUUUUGUUCUUUUGGAGGGAAAACCUUUUUGUCAGUAACAUGUCAUUAUUGUAUUCUGAGAAGACUAAUAACCUAUUCUAAAAGAUGGAUAAGACAUGCAGAAAUUCUUUCAUCAUAUUAUACGCUGCUGUAAAGUGGCUACUAGAAGUAGUGGAUCUAGGGCUGGAUUGGGACUUUUACAUUGAAGUACAACACACAGAUCAACAAAGUAUCAUCCGUGCAGUAAAGCUAAAGUGGGCAAUUUUGGGAUUUGCAAUCUUUGGUACAGUCAUGUUCUUUUCCACUUUAAUUGCAUUUUGCAUAAAAAUUUACAAAAAGAGGAAACAAAAAAAUUUGAGCAAAUCCUACCAAGAUGUUAAGAAAGCUGUCUCCAUCAUGUCUCUCAUAUGUACCUGGUUUGAGGAUUUCCCUCAAAUAGUGCUAGCUGUUAUUGUAGCAGUGAAAUCAACUGAGCUGAUCUCAAUAAUACAGCUGGUAAAAGCCUGGUAUGCCUUAGCAGAAGCAACGUUGCAAGCUACCAUAAUAUUCAUAGAACUCAGACUGUGUUGCCUUAAGAAGCCAGACUAUUGGAAACGAGUGUUGUUGAUUUUGGAGCUUAUUGGCAUUACCCUGAUAUUUCUGGUCAGUAUAUUUUUGUUAAUAGAGCUUUACCAAGACAACUUUAAAGAGAUUUAUCAACUGGAAAAUGCUGCCAUGAAUUCAACUAGCAAAGUAAACUUCACAACUUGGAGCACUCCAAUUAAUUCAACCUGAUGUCUUUGCAAUGCAUGGACUAAUCAUUAACAUGGAAUGGUCAAUUCUCAAAUCAAACACUUCCCUGUGGAUUCAUCUGUAAAUAAUUUUUCAUCAUGUCAUAUACAAAUAAUAUAUACAUGUAUGUAUUAAAACGCAGACUUUUUCAAUACAUCAAGUUUAAUUAUGUGGGGGU